UUUCUUGCUUUUGGCUUUGUGCGUGUGUUUGCUGAAAUGGAAAUGAAAUUUCAGUUGGUUGCGCUGCUAUUGUUGACGGCUGUGCAGCUGGGUGCAAAGGCCAAUUGCAUUUGGUAUGGCGAGAGCCAUAUGAUUGGGGAGCACUGGCAGAACCUGGAGUACAACGGGCCACCGCUGCUGCUGAAUAACACGCAGGCCGAGGCCACCUUUGCCAGGCGCUGUCCCACGCUCUAUGCGGAGUACAAGGGCCCCAAUGGCGAUGAGGAGCUGGUACUUUGCUGCGAUGCGGAUCAAAUAGCUAGCAUGGACUCGGGAUUAAGUCAGGCCGAUGGCGUCUACUCCAGAUGCCCCACAUGCACAUUGAACAUGGCCCUCACCGUCUGCGCCAUGACUUGCGCCAAGAAUCAGUCGCUCUUCCUGACACCCUACGUGGCAAAGAACCCGAUGGACGUGAACUUUGUGGAGCACAUCGACUAUCGCCUGCGGGAUGAGAGCGUCAAGAAAAUCUACGACAGCUGCAGCAGCAUCCAGCACUCCCAGACUGGCCGCCCGGCCAUGGAUCUGGGCUGCGGUGCGUACAAUGCGAAGACCUGCGACUAUCGCCGUUGGUAUUUCUUCAUGGGCGAUGGCGUCAACAACGACUAUGUGCCCUUCGUGAUCAACUAUAUGUGGAGUGACGAUGCGCCGGAGGGCUCGGACGAUGCCUAUCUGGCGGUGCAUCCGCUGGAGUGCGGCCAGAGCUAUGAGGGCAAAUACGCGUGCGCCUGCAUCGAUUGCGACGAGUCCUGCCCGCUGACCGAUCCGCCGACUGGCUACGAGGAUCCCUGGCAGAUAGCCGGACUGUAUGGCGUUACUUUCCUAAUCGCCUUGAUUGUGGCCCUGCUGAUAGCGGGCUUCAUCUGCUAUGGCGCCAUUGGCGAUCGGCCAGGACCCAACAUCUGCAUGCCGACGCUAUACGGCGACUUUCUGUAUCGCGGCUGCCGCAGCUGGGGCACGUUCUGUGCCAAGCAUCCGGUGCUCGUGCUGGCCUUGUGCUCCUGGGUCAUUGGCGGGCUGGCCUACGGCGUGCGCUACAUGAACGUGACCACCGAUCCCGUCGAGCUCUGGGCCAGCGAACAGAGCAAGACGCGCAUCGAGAAGGACUAUUUCGAUCAACAUUUCGGACCCUUCUAUCGCACCAAUCAGCUGUUUGUGAAGCCUCUGAACAAGAACACAUUUACGCACGAAGCGGCGAGCGGCACUCUCACCUUCGGCCCCGCCUAUGAGCAAAACUUCCUGCAGGAGGUCUUCGAACUGCAGGAGCAAAUCAUGCAGCUGGGAGUCGACGACGGCGUGAGCCUGGACAAAAUCUGCUAUGCGCCCAUCCUGUACCCGGGUCUAACGCCCACCGUCGACGACUGCGUCAUUCAGUCCAUCUAUGGCUACUUCCAGAACGACAUGGCCAAAUUCCAGAACUCCUAUGUGGACAGCAACAACUACACCAUCAACUAUCUGAAUCAAUUGGAGGACUGCUUGCGCGUGCCAAUGAUGGAGGACUGCUUCAGCAACUUUGGCGGACCCAUCGAGCCGGGCAUUGCUGUGGGCGGCAUGCCGCCAACGGAUAACGGCGAGGAUCCCGAUUAUAUGCUAGCCACUGGCUUGGUGCUGACCUUUUUGGGCAAGAACCAGCUGGACGAAGCGAAGCUGGAGAUCAGCUUGGAAUGGGAGAAGCGCUUCGUGGACUUCAUGAAGAGCUACAAGAGCGAGCAUCUGGACAUUGCCUUCUCAGCGGAACGCUCCAUACAGGACGCCAUUGUUGAGCUGUCGGAGGGUGAAGUGAGCACCGUCGUCAUCAGCUAUUUGGUUAUGUUCAUCUAUGUGGCCAUCGCACUCGGACGCAUACGCAGCUGCAUUGGCUUCCUGCGUGACUCACGCAUCAUGCUGGCUGUGAGCGGCAUUGUCAUUGUGCUGGCCUCGGUCAUUUGCAGCUUGGGCUUCUGGGGCUAUAUGGGCGUGACGACCACUAUGCUGGCCAUUGAGGUAAUACCGUUCCUGGUGCUGGCCGUUGGCGUCGACAACAUCUUCAUAAUGGUGCACACGUACCAGAGGCUGGACCACAAGCGCUUUGCCAGCACCCACGAAGCCAUCGGCGAGGCGAUCGGCCAGGCGGGACCCUCCAUUCUGCAGACGGCCACCAGCGAGUUCGCUUGCUUCGCCAUUGGCGCCAUCUCCGAGAUGCCAGCGGUGAAGACGUUCGCCAUGUACGCCGCGAUCGCCAUUCUGCUGGACUUCCUGCUGCAGAUCACCGCCUUUGUCGCGCUGAUGGCCAUCGACGAGAAGCGCUAUAAGAGCGGACGCCUCGAUAUGCUGUGCUGUGUGCGGAGCAACGUGAAGCCCGACGAUUCCCAUGACGUUGGCCUGCUAGAGAAACUGUUCCACGACUUCUAUGCUCCCUUCCUGCUCUCCAAACCCGUUAAGACGACUGUCCUGCUGGUGUUCACUGUGGUCACGGCGCUCUCCCUGAUGGUCAUGCCCUCGAUUGAGCCGGGUCUGGAUCAGGAAAUGUCCAUGCCGCAGGACUCGCACGUGGUCAAGUAUUUCCGCUACAUGGACGACCUGCUGGCCAUGGGCGCGCCCGUCUAUUGGGUGCUCAAGCCAGGCCUCAACUACAGCAAUCCGGAGCAUCAGAAUUACAUUUGCGGCGGCGUCGAGUGCAACGACGAUUCGAUAUCCGUUCAGCUCUACAUACAGUCGCGCUACCCGCAGAUCACAGCCCUGGCACGUCCGGCCUCCUCGUGGAUCGACGACUACAUCGACUGGAUCAACAUUGCCGACUGCUGCAAGAUUAAUGCCACGACGGGCGGCUUCUGUCCCAGCAAUUCCAAGAGCGACGAUUGCUAUCCAUGCGAGCGACAGUUUACUGAGGACGGUCUGCGACCCACACCCGAGACAUUCGACAAGUAUGUGCCCCUCUUUCUCUCCGAUCUGCCCGAUGCCGAGUGCGCCAAGGCGGGUCGAGCGGCCUAUGCCGACGCGGUCAUUUAUACGCUGGAUGACCAGGGCUUGGCCACCAUACUGGACACAAACUUCAUGCAGUAUUCGACGACGUCGACCACAUCGGACAAGUUUGUGGCGGCGCUGCGUGAGGCGCGUCGCGUUCAGUCCGAAAUCAAUGCGAUGCUGGCCAACGUCGGCGUCGACACGGAAGUGUUUCCCUACUGCGUCUUCUUCAUAUUCUACGAGCAAUAUUUAACCAUUUGGGACGACGCCCUGCUGUCGCUUGGCGUCUCGCUGGCGGCCAUAUUCAUUGUGACGCUGCUAAUUACCGGACUGGACAUCACAUCGUCGCUCAUCGUGCUGUUCAUGGUCCUGUGCAUUGUGAUCAAUAUGGGCGGCAUGAUGUGGGCGUGGGACAUAACGCUCAACGCCAUCUCGCUGGUCAAUCUGGUCGUCUGCGUGGGCAUCGGCGUGGAGUUCGUGUCGCACAUCGUGCGCUCCUUCAAGCAGGCCCACGGCAAUGCCCAGCAGCGUGCGCUCCACUCGCUCAGCGUCACUGGCAGCAGUGUCCUGUCCGGCAUAACGCUGACCAAAUUCGCUGGCAUCAUUGUGCUGGCCUUUUCCAAGUCGCAGGUCUUUCAGAUCUUCUAUUUCCGCAUGUACCUGGGCAUCGUGCUCAUUGGUGCGGCGCACGGCCUGAUUCUGUUGCCAGUGCUGCUCAGCCUGCUCGGCCCGCUCAAAAGCCUGAGCAAAGCCUCCAGCUCCGAGUCGCUCCGCUCUGAGUCGCACUGACGCUGACCGCGAGAGUCCAAAUAGUAACUAAGACCUUAGCUGUUAGCUUCCUGCCCUCCUUCCCUUCUUCCUCCUUCCUUAUUUUUUUUUGCUAGUA